CUAACGCAGACAUAACGUUUCUCCUAUAGACGCGUCGUUCCGUAUUUUUUUUUCGCUCGGUCUCCUAUGCUCUUGCUCCGGUCACUCCCCAGACGCGGUGCAAUCAUCCUAGUCUUCUUCGCGUUCACAUGCGGUAUCCUCACUGGCUACGUGCUCACCCACGGGGGCGCAACAGAAACAUGCUUCUUCGGCCUUCGCGCCUCUGCCUCCUCGCGGUUCUGGUCUAGCCUCGCGAAGGAAAAGGCACGAGAAGAGUUGUUGUAUCUGGAGACCGUCAGCGAUAUCGUGUCGCGUACGCGAGGGUACUAUGCGCGGGACUUUAGCCUGGAGCUGGGAUGGAAUAACAUGCGGUACAUCAUUGAAGCGGUUGUGUAUCAUGCUGCGCUCCUGAACAGAACAGCAAUCAUCCCGUCUUUCGUCUACGCCCGAUCGUGCGAGUUCACCAACUCAGUCUGUGUAGCGUACGCGCCUAUGGUCAACCGCGGAGACGCUCUACGCACCGACCAAUGGCGCGACCUUCCUGAAGAUGAGCAAAUGGGAUGGAAGAUACCCAUCGACACGGUGCUCAACGUCACGCGACUCCAAGAGCACUACUCCGUUAUUCUCGUAUCGGACUACCUUCGCUUGCACUCCCUCUCUCCCGACCUCGAGAACAGCACAGGCCAGUGGGACACAACUCUCUACCACCAGAACCCAAGCGUGUUCGAGGCGAACCUAACCAAGGUGCCGAGCAUGCACACUAUUAAGAACGAUUGGUUCGAUCCCGAGGGCACGACGCGUGUGGAUGUCAUCCCGGAGGAGAUGAAGCAAAGGGGACAGUGGGACGUGUUGGCUGGGGAUCCCAACAAGGACGAGUCCGGACGCUUCCCCAAUGUUACGCGGACGGAGAUCUACGACGAGGUACUCACAUAUCGUUACAUCAAAGCUGAAGACCGGGUUCCUGCGGUGACCUGGGAGCAUGCGCUUCUUGCGCUCAGUACCGCGGGUGUACUGGGCGCUGGUAAUCCGGACGAGAUCGCAGAGGUGCUGCAAGGGAAUGGAAUGGAGGUGGUGUAUACGUAUAAGGGCGCGCACGGCAUGGACUUCGUGAAAAAUGUCGCCAGCGCAAUACAACAGGUUGUUCCGCGCGAGUCUAUCCGCGGGUUUGUGGACGAUUUCGGCGACAUAGAGGCCGAUGUGCUGUAUCUUGAGGGUGAAGUACAUGACGGCCGGAAGCCAGGCUCGUUACGCUUUACGACUCCCGAGCGACGCGACACGUUCUCCGAGAUGGUGCUUUACGACACGCAUGCCCCACAGGCUGUAUACGACCUCGCAGCCAAGCUUGCCAACAGGAUGGUCGAGAUGAACGAAGGUCGGAUGUGGAUUGCCGCUCACAUGCGGAGAGGCGAUUUCGUGUCCCUGGGCUGGGCCAUUCAGGAUGACUUCGUCUCGCACUUCAACCGCAUAGCACAGCAGGUUAUCAACGGGCGACUGAUGCUCGAGCGCACCUCAUUCGAUGCUGAAUCCAUCACUCCAUACAACGUUCCGAACGUAAUCCCCAACAUAGCCUUCUACCAGCGCGAGCCGCCCAAGGAAGGCGACAAAUUCUACAUAGCCACAGACGAACGCGACCCCGCGAACCUGGCCUACCUCCGCGAGCACGGCGCCGUGCUCAUCGCCGACCUGCUCACAGACGAAGACCGGCGCGCGUUCGGCUGGGGUCUCAUGCUCACGGACGUGCUCGGGCUCGUGGAGCAGGCGCUGCUCGCGCGGAGCCACUUCAUGUACGGGCACUCGCUCAGCUCGGUCGCGGGCGGCGCGAUCAACCUGCGCGCAGCCGACGGGCUGGAUUCGCGCACGGUGCGGUUCGAGUGAGUUUGAUUUGAGGCUGCUCGGAGAUAGAAGGUGAGGAGGGCACAGCGCGAGCUCGCUGUUGAGGUAGAAGACGGAGAUUUGAGGAGUGCUGGUGAUCUACGGACACGGACAUGGACGAUCUAUGCAGGGAAGACUUUCUAUCUAUCGCGAGUUCUAUCUUAGGGUUCUCUGAUGUGCUGUAAUGUGUGCUGACUAUAUUCCCUUGCCUAAUUUUACCAAGCUACUUACC